AUGGCCUCUGUGAUACAUUUCUGUGACAUCAAGGGGAAAUCACUUCUCUCGAGAGACUACAAGGGAGACAUACCUUCAAAUGCUGUGGAAAAAUUCCCAUUUUUAUUAGUUGAAUCUGAAGAUGAUCCAGUUUCAGCAUCACCAGUUUUACAAUUUAAUGGUAUAAAUUAUCUUUAUAUUACACAUAAUAAUUUAUAUUUGUUAGCAUUGACCAAAUCAAAUAAUAAUGUUGCACAAAUUUUCUUAUUUUUACACAAGAUUGCAAAUGUUCUUACAGAUUAUUUUAAAGAAUUAGAAGAAGAAUCAAUUAGAGAUAAUUUUGUUAUAAUAUAUGAAUUAUUAGAUGAAAUGAUGGAUUUUGGAUUCCCACAAAUUACUGAAACUAAGAUGUUAAAAGAAUAUAUUACACAAAAAUCAUUUGCAUUAGAAAGAACUAAACAAAGUUUUGGUCCACCAAGUGCAUUAACAAAUGCUGUAUCAUGGAGAUCUGAAGGUAUUAUGUAUAAGAAAAAUGAAGCAUUUUUAGAUGUUGUGGAAAGUAUUAAUAUGUUAAUAAACCCACAAGGGAAAGUGCUUAGAUCGGAAAUUUUAGGUAAAAUUAGAAUUAAAUCACAUUUAUCAGGUAUGCCAGAUUUAAGAUUAGGUUUAAAUGAUAAAUUAAAUAAUAAUUCCAAAGGAGUGGAAAUGGAAGAUGUUAAAUUUCAUCAAUGUGUUAGAUUAAGUAAAUUUGAAAAUGAAAAAAUUAUUACAUUUAUCCCACCAGAUGGAGAAUUUGAAUUAAUGAGUUAUAGAUUAUCAACACCAUUAAAACCAUUAAUUUGGGUUGAUUGUAAAAUUUCAAAACAUUCAAAUAGUCGUAUUGAAAUUCAUGCAAAAGUUAAAGCACAAAUUAAAAAAAAAUCUACAGCAAAUAAUGUUGAAAUUCAUAUACCAAUACCUGAAGAUGCAGAUAGUCCAAAAUUUAAAUAUUCAAAUGGUUCAUUAAAAUGGGUCCCUGAAAAAUCAAUAAUUGUUUGGAAAAUAAAACAAUUCCAAGGUGGUAAAGAAUAUGCUAUGAAGGCAGAAUUAGGAUUACCUUCAGUUUCUAUAGAUGAUUCAAGUUUUAAAGUUAAAAGACCAAUUCAAGUUAAAUUUCAAAUUCCUUAUUUUACAACAAGUGGAAUUCAAGUACGUUACUUAAGAAUUAAUGAACCAAAAUUACAAUAUCAAAGUUACCCUUGGGUUCGUUAUAUCACACAAAGUGGUGAUGAUUAUACAAUUAGAUUAAAUGAAUGA